AUGUCAUCCAGGAUCACUACAAGACUCUUGUCCCGGUCUGCCCGGACCAUGAAGAACUAUGGGAAACCCCAAAACCCUCCUGUCGAUCCCGAAGUCAAGUUGAAGAUCAUGCCUAUUGAACGGAAGGGUGAGACCAUUGAUGUCAAGCGUGCUCGGUUGAUCUACCAGCUGAGAAAGAGGGGGAUCUUGGAAUCUGACUUGUUAUUGUCCAGAUUUGCCAAGAAGUACUUGCACGAAUUCAAUGAGGCCGAGCUUGAUGAGUUCGAUAAGUUGUUGGAUGAAGCCGAUUGGGAUAUCUACUACUGGGCUACUAAGAACUACGACGUGACCCCCUUGCCCGAGAAGUGGCAGCAAUCAAAGAUCUUGAAGAUGUUGCAAGAGGAUGCCACCAACAAAGAUCGCGAGAUCCUCAGAAUGCCUGAGCUCCACGAUCACAAGAAGUAA